AUGGGAAUUUUGAUAAAUAAUCAAGCAAGGCACAGGCGCAGAAGUAAAACAGAGUUCCUUUAAAAGUCAAUGAAAUAUGAAACACUUUAUCCGUUUCUCCAUCAUUUUCUCACCAUCUCCUCUUCAAAUUCAUGCACCUGAAAUCAAUUCAUACUGUUAUUGACCGUUCCGUUCAAAUUGAUAGCUAUUUCUUUUGAGACACUGGAGUUAAUAGUUCUUAAUCAGAUUUCUUUUGUUAUUGUCGUGUAUUUGUAGAUCCCACCUCCAAACUGUGCUUGAAAGAUCUAAGUAAAGAAGUCACUGAGCAACUAACGUCCAGGCUUUACAGCAACAGAAAUGUUCUCAACCGAUUUUACCGGUCUUUUGGCCUUGAUCCGGAUUUACUGUACGACAAGCGCGACCGGCGAGGGAACAUUGGAAAUAUUUUUCCUGAUACCCCAGUCAAACUGCUAAAGGAAGUUUUUGAGGCGCUAAAACUGUAUGACCUAGCAGAAUUCUUAGAGAAGGCAACAAAACGACGAACGCUUCGUCCAGCUCUUCCGCUAAAAGAAAUAGAAAAGUUAUCGAACGCCAACCGCCCUAUAAAGGUGUUCAGUAAAGUGGAGGUUUUGAUAAUCGAGUCCUGUGAAGCCAAUCAACCUACCACAGGCAACGAUGCGGCAAGGAGAGUUGGAUCUUUUUUAAAAAAUCUCAAUUCUCAAAACGAAAUAACUACGUUGACCUCAAAUAUUUUAAAGAAAUUGUCGGAAGAUGUUGAACACUUAAUGGCACUCAAGAUUGAAGAAGAAGGAGAUGACAGCAUAGCAGAGGAAAGGGAAGCGCACUUAAAGACGUGCCUUGAAAGAAAGAUCCCAGGAGAGAAAUCGUGGUAUGCGAGAAAACAGGCUGGUACACGGAAAGGAAGAAGAGCGCAAAGGCAAAGGAGAUCAUCUGAAUUACACGUUGAGGAACAAGAACCAGGAAUCAACUCUAAGCAGCAAGAAGCAACAUUGGUCCCCAACACGGAUGACCAGCUACUGAGUGUGUUCCGCAAAGAGGAGCGUGCGAUGAGAAAUGAACUAAAAGAGCUGAAAGAAAAAAGGGAACGAUGGAAAAACGAAAGAAAACCAUCGAUCGAAAAGCAGAUAAAGGAGAAGACGGAAGAACUAAAAAAACAGAAAGAGGAAGUUGAAAUGGCUGUUUCAACUGUCAUCGACAAAUGGAAAGAUCUGCAAGCAAAUGAUGAAGGUUGGAUAUUAUUAAUUUUAAGUAAUGGUAAUAGGAACGAGUGGGGUUGCAACUCAGGGAGUAAUAGACCUAUUCGGCUAACUCAUUGUUGUACCCAAUUCAAACCCUCUGGGAAUAAAACGUUUUGUUUCAGGAAUUUCCAUAUCAUUUAAAUGUGAAUGCCACAUUAUAAUGCAAAUGCAAUACACAAAGAAUCUUAUCCCCGGGAGAUUUGAAUUGGGUACAACAUUGAGUUAGCCGAAUAGGUCUAUCAGGCGAGUAAGUUUAGCGCGAAGUCGAUUUGAAAUUAUAAGCCUGAUUACCCCUAAACUGUACGGCAAGAGACCUAUUACCAAGUAAUUGUGUCAAUAACAAAAUGCGAGAAUCUCAGAAUUGAAAUAUUUAUUUCAGUGAGUCUUAUUACAUCAGCUUAAAGUUUCCGACGUAAAAACGUGGCGUUAACAACUUUUUGUUGGAAUAUGGAGCUCUAACUGCAUGAACUAAUUAAUUAAAUUUUUAAAAAAAUAAUAAUGUGUCAAACUGAAACUGGAAAACGUGUUCACUGAAGUGUUUUCCUUGGCAGUUUGGUUUGCUAGUAUGGACUAAUUUGAUAAACCUUAAUUGGUUAUUUUUAGCAACAUCUGAUGCUCAAUUUUCAUUUGCUCUUUUAACUGUCCGAUUUGACCUGUUCAAUUACAAGCAGUUUCCUAAUCAGACAGGUCAAAUUGGACAGUGCUGGGGCUGCAUAACGGUUGCUGAAAACUAAGAAAAUUCAAGAGUUUUGUUGUUGACACAAUCUAUAUUUUAUAAGUACAGAGCACUUGACACUGGGAACCCCAAACGGGACCAGGAUAAUGUCCCACAUACUGAGGACAUAUUUACUGGCAAUGCCCCAGAUUAUCAAAUGAGAAUAAUCAACUGAAAAAUAUUAUCAAAAUAGUGGUAUUAACACUUUCAAAGCUGGCGAAAGGCUGGUUUUGCUGAACAAGAACAAAAGCUAUACUGAUAAUGCCUGGUUUUCCGUAGACAAAGAUUUCCUAGCCUGCGUGUAUUUUUGCCGCUGGUUGCUUGCGGUUUAUACAGUUGAAUGAACCUGCGUUUAAGAACCUGCUGGAAGAAAUUUUCCGCUUUCAUACCCAUAUAAGAACCUGUUUAGCCGCGCUAGUGUCGCUCCAAAGUGGAACUUUAAUAUUCAAUUAGUUUCGGCACAUGAAAAGUACGGUGUCUGAACAGGCCUCAAACUCGAAAUUUGGUAACAUCAACUCUCCUCGCGUUCGCAAACAAAGUAUAAAAAAGUUUGCUACACAGCCGUUUUAGAGGGAGGAGCGUUGCGUGAUAUGGCGCGCCGUUUGUUUCAAAAUCGACUUUUCAGUUGUUAAAAAUUUUAGCCAAUCAAUUCGUUUAGCGGAUCGGAUUUGUGUCUAAAUCGAUCAGAUGUCAUGAUCGAUCAGUUGUGCGUAUUUUCAUUCAGUUGUUCCUGUAUUUUCAUUCAAUUGUGAAUGGAAAUACGCACAACUGAUCGAUCAUACAACAACCACAGGUCACCCUAGCUCGAAAUAUUAGCAUCGGCAUUGUUGCGUAACAUUCAAAAUAUAAGGAUUUGUAUGGGAAAAAAACCUAUCGUUUCUGUAACCUACGAAAAUGAAAGGAUUUCAAUAAAAAACAGCUUACCUCAUUUAAAAUGUGUGUUACGUCUCUCCUGUGUGGUCCAGGGGCCGAUUUAUGGGUUUUUAUGUAAACGGUUUUCUCUCUAUAUAAAGGUUUACCAAGGUUGGGCACUCCAGCGAAGCGGCUCGAUUGAUCCACCGAAGGAAAACGGCCGGAAAUUCGCUCCAACUGCUCCAAUCGCCUCCAAAUUCCGCCUAGCUAACACACGAUAGUUCUUCUUUCUAUUCGUUAUCUUGCUUCAAGACGCCUUUGCACCGAGAGCGAAUCAAAGGUCGCAAAUUCUCUGCAACCUUUCCCGUCUGAAUCCAUCGACUGAGGCUCGGCCUGAACUCCGCUUUACCGUUGACAGAUAGCGACACGGCCUGCGACUCAAAUUACUCACACUCGGGGUGGGAGACAGUCUCUUGCUCCCGUUGACUCAAUAGGAAAACAACGGGAGCAAGAGACUGUCUCCCACCCCGAGUGUGAGUAAUUUGAGUCUCAGGCCGUGUCGCUAUCUGUCAACGGUAAAGCGGAGUUCACGCCGAGCCUUAGUCGAUGGAUUCAGACGGGAAAGGUUGCAGAGAAUUUGCGACCUUUGAUUCGCUCUCGUUGCAAAGGAGUCUUGAAGCAAGAUAACGAAUGGAAAGAAGAACUAUCGUGUGUUAGCUAGGUGGAAUUUGGAGGCGAUUGGAGCAGUUGGAGCGAAUUUCCGGUAGUUUUCCUUCGGUGGAUCAGUCGAGCCGCUUCGCUGGAGUGCCCAACCUUGGUAAACCUUUAUGUAGAGAGAAAACCGUUUACAUAAAAACCCAUAAAACGGCCAUAAAUCGGCCCGUGGACCACACAGGAGUGACGUAACACACAUUUUAAAUGAGGUAAGCUGUUUUUUAUUGAAAUCCUUUCAUUUUCGUAGGUUAAGGAAACGAUAGGUUUUUUUUCCCAUACAAAUCCUUAUAUUCUGAAUGUUACGCAACAAUGCCGAUGCUCGCCGAUGCUCAUAUUUCGAGCUUGGGCUACCUGUGCAACAACUGAUCGAUUUUAGAUUUUAGAUACAGUCGAACCUCUCUAAUACGGACACCGAACGGACAGAGCGAAGUGUCCGUAUUAGAGACGUGUCCAUAUAAAAGAGGUCACCAUGAUUACGUCACUUUUAUGACUUCACUUACAGUAUUAAGUGUUCAGUAGCUAAAACCAGGCUUACACUCGUCUUUAAACUGCAUUUAAAGUUAUUAAUUCACAGUACAAAGACACUGUCUUUCAGUAGCAUACAACAUUGUCCAUCUCAGCUACAGACAAAUUACUGUUUUAAAACGAAAUGAGCUAUAGCGCAAUGCUGCAUGGAAAAAGUUGUAACGUAAAUCAGAAUUCUGAAAGCGUCUUUCGCAAUUUGCAAGUGCAAUAAACAGUAACUAGAGUACAAAAUGUAAUAGAAAAGAUCUUUAUGCUAUCUGUAGUUAUUGAAACCUUCAAAAAGUCGGUUAUGUUCCUCAGUGCACCUUUCGCAAAUCGUUGUUUGGUAAUACAGUGACUGGGUUUUAUAUCACCUUGCAUAGCUCAUCAGCCAAAAGACGGGAUUCAUCCUGUGCAGAUUCACCUGAUCGGGAUUCGGGAAUCACCUGAUCAUCGCAGCGUCCGUAGUAAAGAAGUUAAGUUUAUAUGAAUUUACUCUCUGGGGUCGGGAUUUAGUGUCCGUUGUCCGUAUUAUAGAGGUUUAUGUUUUUAAAUAUAUGAGAAUUUUGUCGGAACAUUGGAAACUGUCCGUAAUCGAGAGGUGUCCGUACCAAGAGGUUCGACUGUAUUAUGAGCCAUUAUACCAUGCUCUCCAAAUAUGGCAACUGUACGUGUCUGCUCAAAAUAAACAACAAGCUGAAAUUCGGUUGUUUUUACAAAUUUAUUCGGGAAGAAUUCUCGAUAUUGUGGGGCGUUUUUAAUAAAACAAUUAUUCUACUGGCGCUUGUUGGAUAUGAAAUGAUUAUAUCUAACUCAGCGCUACGCGCCUCGUUGGCCCUCUGCAUAUUCAAAGCGCACUUGUGGAAUAAUUGUUAAAUAUCACUUUUUCAUGCAUUUCCAUUGCAAAUUGCAUAAAUGUUAGUUGUUCUGAAAACAGUCGUUCAUCGACCUUAGGAAUGUCUGACUUGAGCAUUCAUUCUUAUGGUUGACUGUUGGACAUUAAUUUGUGAAAGAACUUGCAUAUUUUCAUACUAAGUCAACGUUGAAACUCCGAAUUCUAAUUAAAAAUGACUUCAUGAUCCGUAUAAUAGGUAAGUUUCGUAUUCCUGGGCGACCUAAGGCGAGUACUUGUUUUCGCGCGAAAGCUAGGAUAAUAAGUUUCUUUUUGGCAAGAAAACAAACAAACAUGAGAAAGCUGCGGCUGAGUUGUCGGAAAAGGAGGAAAAUCUUAAAGUUUUAAGGUUUCGGUGGGUUCCCAACUAAGUUACAGGGUUAAGAAAUCAUUGUUUCGGACAGCAAAAAUAAGAUCAGCUUUUUGACACUAAGAAAAACAACGACCGUAACCAGAAAUAGACCGAAAGAGUGGGUGUCUCAAAAUUCCUAAAACAUGAUGAUAAAACCUUGAAUUCAUCAUUCAAUGUUAAUUUCAGGGAUCGUUAUACCUUUCCUUAAAAUGGACGUAGUUGUGGAAAAAUGGCAAUAAUUAAGUUAAAAUACCUACUUUUCAGUUCACAUUUUUAAACAGAAAGGAUGAAAAAUAACGUGUAUAUUAAUUGAAAUAAACCGAACAAGUUAACACGACGUUCGGUGAAUAGAUAUCUAUCAGGAUGGGGCUAAAGUUUUGCAGAGAAAGUCAUUUUACUGUAAGGAAGUGAAAUCGGAAUGAACAAAGAUGACUUGAAAGGUAUAAGAUUAUUGAUACAUUUAGCUUACAUUGUCUAUCAAGAAUCUUAAGUCGCAUGUGAAAAAAAAAAAAAAACAGAUCGACGUACGCAAUAUGCACACUUCACUCGAUUAGAAGUUGAACACAGAAUCAUCCUAGGUGAUAAUAUCAAGCGGUUUAAACUCCAUUUUACAGAUGUACACGAGUAAAAUAGAAUAAUAUUUGAGAAGUUUGAAAAUACAAAAGAAUGGAAUAUUGACAUUUUGACAAAAUUUAUCAUUUUUAAGCUUCAGUCGUGGCUUUUUUUCAUUUCUCUGUUAGUACGACCCGCUCUUUUUUGAAAUAGAGAAACCUUUAGCUAACUUAAACCUUGAAACAUUAUUUUCAUGAUUUUUUCCCUUUCCCAGCGACUUAUAUUAUAUAUGUUUGUUUUUAUUUUCGCGAAGAACUGGAGAGGUUGACCCGCAUUAGCCUCGUAGUCCUUUCUCGUUCGUAGAACCAGUCGUUUCUUGGUCAUGUCACGUCGGUUACAAAUUAAGCCGCGUGGCUCUGGGGACGAGAAUGCCUCGUAAUCAUGAAUCAUGCAAUGAAGGCUCUCGUCCUAGGGCCGUCGGGAAAUACAACAGUUACCUAUUCCGUUACAAUUAAUUUGCAAGAAGAAAGGAUAAAGGUCUAUAGAGGUCUAUAGAGCCUAUAAUGACAACAAACGUUCUUAGAAUGAUUCUUUUUCUAUGUAGGAGACGAAUCGACUCUUUUUGUCGUCCUUCUCCAGGGAAACUGGCGGUCAUAUCUAUUGAGCUAUAGCCCAAACUGGGAAAGGAAGCUCAGAACGAUGAUUGGAAACAAGUUGGCACUUAUUCCAGGCACGAAGCUAGUGGUAACCACUAGCAUUUCAGCCAUGAGGGUAGAAGAAAGCAUUUCAAGCGAAACUCUUGAAGUUAAUUUGUCAGAAAGCGGCGCUCUAAUCGCAAUGCUGGAGCUUCUGAACAAGCGCUUGGAGACACUGGACCUCAUUUCAGUUAUGCUGGAAUUUGAAAGGAAUUUGCUUAGUGACAUUAAUUUUACAGGAUACUCCCACCGUGACAUUCAAAUACGUGAAAAUUUGUCUUGCGUUCCGAAACUUCAAAAAAGGGGCAACGCCCGUGGCGGAGAAAGCCGUAGUUUACCCGAAUGAAAUACUCUGCUACUUACUGCUGUGUGAUUUGCCCUAUGCCCCCAGUAUCCAACUAAGAUCCAUUCCAUUCUUCUAAUCUUAAUGGCAUCAUUUGCGGUUCACUUUGGAGAUCACGAUUUACGGUCGAGGAUCAUUUGCGGUCCAUUUUGGGGAUCAUUUGCGGUACUGUACAGAUCCCCAUGAUUCUUCAGAUCAUACGACUGAAGUAAAAAUAUACAGUUUCAUUUCUUGAAAACAAGCUGGAACAAUGAUGCUUACUCCGAUCGAUGUUAAGUUGCCGUCGUCAUUUGCCUUUUUCAGUCGUACAAUUCACGUCAUUUUGCUAGAUAUCAAAAAGGUCCUCCAAAUUUGGUAAACGCUAGUUGGUCAUAUACAGUUAGCCUGGCCUGGGGAUCAUGCCAAACAGAAAUGGAAAAUAUUUUGAGUGAAUAACAAUUAACAAUUAUUCCUCGAGGCCGAAUGGGCUCUGAGUCAAUAGCCCAUGAGCCCGAAGGCCGAAUGGGCUAUUGAAUCAGAGGCCAUGAGGUCGAGAAGAAUAAAUGUUUUAGUAAAAUUCAACUAGUUGGUACAAAACAACUUAAGCUAACAAAACACGAUUCAGCCGCCAUUGUUUUGGUUUUCAAAGCCGGUGCUUUUCGCUACCAGCGGGCUAUAACAUAUAGCUUAGUAGUAGCUCAACCAAACAGAAAGCAGCAUUGCAAUUGAAAAUGGACCACUAGUUGCAUUUUACGAAAGGGGUUAUAGCGGAGCUGUCGCGCGCGAAGCGCGCCAGCGGAGCACCAUGGGUAAAAAAAUAAAGUAAUCUACCCAUCCGAGAAAAUUUGGUAAUCACGUGACUGUACACCGACCGCCCGCCCGAGAGACCGUUCGUCCGCACCACAGGCAUACCAAUGUAAAAUAACUCAAUCAACGGGUAUGGUAACCCAAAUGCAACUCGAGGUUAUUUUGGUGGGAAAUCGCAUAGCUGAGGCACAGACAACAAAAGAGUCAAUAGAGACGAAAACGGAAAGCGAAAAUUGUUUCUGUAUUAAGCUUAUAUAAAUUGUCAUGUCCACAAAUUUGGAAUAUAGAGCAAAAGAAAGACAGACAAAAAAAGAAAGUGGACGGCAGGCCAGCGAAGCUCAACGAGAAAAAGAGCGACAGGGAUUUAGAGCGAGAGAUAAAAAAACCGAAGGAAACAUUUUUUUUGUUGGAAGAACAACAUGAAAAUUUUGUAGUGGCGGUGACAAAAAGAGAAAUGCUAGCGGCCACCAAUGCAAGGUGAAAAUGAGGGACAGUGAAAAAAAGUGAACGGGAACACGAACGACAUUUCCUCCAUAAAACGUGUAACUAAGACGUUUCUGGAAGUUUCACGUUGUAGUCGUGCAAAUGAACGGCAAAGAAAUGUACAAAAAAAGUGUGCUGCACGUGCAAAGUUGCUUUUGCUAAUUAGACCUAUUGUUGUUUUUCACCGUUUUCCGGCGUUUCAUGCCUUCCCCGCUUAGCAUUACACGAUUUUAUAAAUAUAAUCGAUAGCUUCGCUUUUAGCCCUGGCUAAAUCUGUAUAUCAUACAUAAUCGGAUAUACUCAGUGAAAAGCUAUGACGUAAAUUUCAUACGCAAAUAAGCUCUAGCUAGCCAAUCAGAGGAGCGAACGAUGCUUUUCCGACGUGAAGAAAGCGAUACGUCCAAUCAGAAUCUCGAACGAUGUUGUUUCACGUGUGAGAAAAAUGACACGUCCAAUCAAAAGCCACAGAGGUGAGCGAGUUUCGCGCCAAAAUUCCCGCCGUUUUUAGGCGCUUACAGCUUGCAGCGCCCUUGCCUUGCAAGUUGCUUUGCAAACAUUCCGAAGAAAAGACCCG